AUGGAGCAGACAAAAGCUCUGAAUGCGUUGGAGCCUUUCCUGGCCCUCAGCAAGUCAGCGAGCUCCCCUCGUGCUGCCGCAGAUCUUGUCACCCGCGCGACCUCGAAUCCGAAUACAUUUCUCUUCACGGAGCUGCUUCAGACGCCACAGAUCCAGAGCCUCGCCCAGUCUGCCGAACACGCCGCAUACCUCACAUUACUCCGCAUCUUCUCCUAUGGCACCUACGCCGACUACCAGAGGCAGCAGCAGCAGUCCUCCCAGUCGCUGCCCGACCUGAGUGAGAGCCAGGCCCUCAAGCUCCGCCAGCUCUCCCUCCUCACCCUGGCCCGCGAUCGCACCAAUCUCGCCUACCCCCGUCUCCAGACCGCCCUGUCUCUGCCCGACACCCGCGCCCUCGAGGCCCUCGUGACCUCAGCCAUCUACGCCGGCCUCAUCCAGGCGACCCUCGAUCCCGCCCGCCAGCACGUCCAUGUCACCGCCCUGGCCACUCUACGCGACCUCGCCCCCGACUCCAUCCCUGCCCUCUCGGACGCCCUGCGCUCCUGGUCUGAUCGCUGCGCCGCCACCCUCCGCGACAUUGAUGCCCAGACCGCCGCCAUCCGCGCCGAGGCUGCCCGCAGACAGCGCCACGCUGGCGUUCGCGAGGAGCAGCUCGCCGAGCUCGUCGCCGAGACGAAGCACUCAGGUGGAGGGGCCGGUGGCGGCAUCCUCAGCGGCGUUACUGACGCUGCGCGCCGCGCCGGCCACAGCAUGCGGGAGCGCGCCAGGGUGCUCAGCAAGCGUGGGAGCAACCUGAUGGAGACGGCCGAUCAGGAGGACGAGGAAGCCAUGGACCUCGACCUGGAGGAGGAGGAGCAGAAGCGGGCCAGCCGUCGCAAGCUAUAG